AUGCAGCCGGAUCCCAGGCCUAGCGGGGCUGGGGUCCACACCCGGUUUCUGCCCCUGAGGUCGCAGCGCCCUGAGGGUCCAGGGGACACAGUGAUGUACGCCUCCACCGAGUGCAAGGCUGAGGUGACACCCUCCCAGCAUGGCAACCGCACUUUCAGCUACACACUGGAGGACCACACCAAGCAGGCCUUCGGAAUCAUGAACGAGCUGCGGCUCAGCCAGCAGCUGUGCGAUGUCACACUUCAGGUCAAGUACCAGGAUGCACCGGCUGCACAGUUCAUGGCCCACAAGGUGGUUCUGGCCUCCUCCAGCCCUGUCUUCAAGGCCAUGUUCACCAAUGGGCUGCGGGAGCAGGGUAUGGAGGUGGUGUCCAUCGAGGGCAUCCAUCCCAAGGUUAUGGAGCGCCUCAUCGAGUUUGCCUAUACAGCCUCUAUCUCCAUGGGUGAGAAGUGCGUGCUCCAUGUCAUGAACGGUGCCGUCAUGUACCAGAUCGACAGUGUUGUCCGUGCCUGCAGUGACUUUCUGGUGCAGCAGCUGGACCCCAGCAAUGCCAUUGGCAUCGCCAACUUCGCUGAGCAGAUAGGCUGUGCUGAGCUUCACCAGCGUGCCCGAGAGUACAUCUACAUGCACUUCGGGGAGGUGGCCAAGCAAGAGGAGUUCUUCAACCUGUCCCACUGCCAACUGGUGACCCUCAUCAGCCGGGAUGAUCUGAAUGUGCGCUGCGAGUCUGAGGUCUUCCAUGCCUGUAUCAACUGGGUCAAGUACGACUGUGAGCACCGACGCUUCUAUGUGCAGGCGCUGCUGCGGGCCGUGCGCUGCCACUCGCUGACGCCCCACUUCCUGCAGAUGCAGCUGCAGAAGUGUGAGAUCUUGCAGUCAGACUCCAGCUGCAAGGACUACCUGGUCAAGAUCUUCCAGGAGCUCACCCUGCACAAGCCCACACAGGUGAUGCCCUGCCGGGCGCCCAAGGUGGGCCGGCUCAUCUACACUGCUGGUGGCUAUUUCCGCCAGUCACUCAGCUACCUGGAGGCCUACAACCCCACCGAUGGCACAUGGCUCCGGUUGGCAGACCUGCAGGUGCCUCGGAGUGGCCUGGCAGGCUGCGUGGUGGGAGGGCUGCUGUAUGCCGUGGGCGGCCGGAACAACUCGCCUGAUGGAAACACCGACUCCAACGCCCUGGACUGCUACAACCCCAUGACCAACCAGUGGUCACCUUGUGCCCCCAUGAGUGUCCCACGCAACCGGAUUGGGGUAGGGGUCAUCGAUGGGCACAUCUAUGCCGUUGGUGGCUCCCAUGGAUGCAUCCACCACAACAGUGUGGAGAGGUAUGAGCCGGAGCGUGAUGAGUGGCACUUGGUGGCCCCAAUGCUGUCUCGAAGAAUUGGGGUGGGAGUAGCUGUUCUCAACCGGCUGCUCUAUGCCGUUGGGGGCUUUGACGGGACGAACCGCCUCAACUCAGCCGAAUGUUACUAUCCAGAGAGAGAUGAGUGGCGAAUGAUCACACCCAUGAAUACCAUCCGAAGUGGGGCAGGAGUCUGUGUCCUGCACAACUGUAUUUAUGCUGCUGGGGGCUAUGAUGGUCAGGACCAGCUGAACAGUGUGGAGUGCUACAACGUGGAGACAGAAACGUGGACUUUCGUGGCUCCCAUGAAGCAUCGGCGAAGUGCCCUGGGGAUCACUGUGCACCAGGGGAGAAUCUAUGUUCUCGGGGGCUACGACGGCCACACAUUCCUGGACAGCGUGGAGUGUUAUGACCCCGACACGGACACCUGGAGCGAGGUUACCUGCAUGACAUCUGGCCGGAGCGGUGUGGGUGUCGCUGUCACCAUGGAGCCCUGCCGGAAGCAGAUCGACCAGCAGAACUGUACCUGUUGA